AUGACGUCUACCAGCUCAGGAUGGGCGCAACUUCGCCAACAAGCCCGCUCACUAGAGACGCAGACCGACAAUUUGUUUCACAGUUACGCACAAUUUGCGUCUCUUACAAAGCCCCCACCAGAGCCAACAGAGGAAGAACUACGGAUCGAAUCCCAGCUUAAAGACCUCCUCGAACGACGGGACUCUCUGAUUGCCCAACUCUCUCGUCUCCUUGAUUCAGAAGCUACCCUUACCUCUUCCGCCCUAAAACAGAACAAUCUCUCCCGUCACCGCGAAGUCCUCCAGGACCACCGCCGCGAGCUCCAGCGACUGACCUCGGCUAUUUCAGAGGCACGCAAUCGCGCAAAUCUUCUUUCUAAUGUUCGCUCCGACAUCGAUGCCUACCGCGCAUCAAACCCCAGUGCCGCGGAAGCUGAUUAUAUGCUUGAGGAGCGCGGCCGAGUUGAUAACAGCCAUAACAUGAUGGAUGGUGUGCUGAGCCAAGCCUAUGCUAUCAACGAGAACUUUGGUGUGCAGCGUGAAACUCUAGCCAGCAUUAAUCGGCGCAUUGUUGGGGCUGCCAGUCAGGUCCCAGGCAUGAAUUAUCUGAUGAGCAAGAUUGGGAGCAAGAAACGCAGAGACGGAAUAAUCCUCGGCUGUCUUAUCGGGGUAUGUUUUCUAAUGCUGCUCUACUUCCGGUAA